AUUAUCAUAAUGACAACGACUCGCAGCCGUAUCUCAUUACGCGUGCGACGCGCCAAGCGAACGGUCGACGACAACUCCCAACCGUAAACCCAGUUCCAGAUUCGGGCAGAAACCAUGUCGCAGAGCAUCAACAGCUAUGCCUAUGCCGAUGGCAACGGAGCCGCCGCCGUGCGACGCAAGGUGGCCAUUGUGGGCGCCGGUCUGGUUGGCUCCUUGGCCGCCCUGAACUUCGCUCGCAUGGGCCACCAGGUGCAGCUGUACGAGUACCGCGAGGACAUACGCAGGGCGCAGCUCGUCCAGGGACGCAGCAUCAAUUUGGCGCUGUCGCAGCGCGGACGCAAGGCGCUGGCCGCCGUCGGGCUGGAGGAGCAGGUGCUGGCCACCGCAAUACCGAUGCGCGGACGCAUGUUGCACAAUGUGCGCGGCCGCACCAGCAUUGUUCUGUAUGAUCCGUGCAACGGCCAGUGUCUCUACUCUGUGGGACGCAAGCAGCUGAACGAGCUGCUGCUGAAUGCGUGCGAUGCCUUUCCGAACAUUAGCUGCCAUUUCGAGCACAAACUGGCCACGGUCAACAUUGCCGAGGGCCGCAUGCAGUUCAAGCGACCCGCCGUGGAGCAGCUAAUCUCGGCCAGCGCGGAUCUGAUUGUGGGCUGCGAUGGAGCGUACAGCACGCUGCGCCAGCAGCUGGUGCGCACGCCCGGCUUCAACUAUUCGCAGGAGUACAUUAACACGGGCUACCUGGAGCUGUGCAUACCAGCGAAGGAUGGUGAGUUUCAGAUGCCACCCAAUUAUUUGCACAUUUGGCCGCGCGACUCCUUCAUGAUGAUCGCGCUGCCCAACCAGGACAAAUCGUUUACGGUCACGCUGUCCAUGCCGUUCGAGCUGUUUGCCCAGCUGCAGACGCAGCAGCAGCUGCUCGAUUUCUUUCGCACGCACUAUGUGGACGCACUGCCUCUAAUUGGCGAGCAGCAGCUGAUCAAGGACUUCUUCAAGACGCGACCGCAGCACCUGAUGUCCGUCAAAUGCAGGCCGUAUCAUUUCGCCGACAAGGCUUUGAUAUUGGGCGAUGCCGCGCAUGCCAUGGUGCCCUACUAUGGCCAGGGCAUGAAUGCCGGCAUGGAGGAUCUGACGCUGCUCAGCUCCAUACUGAAUCAGCAGCUGCCGCUGGAUGCGGCGCUCGCCCAGUUCACGGAGUCGCGCUGGCGCGACGCCUACGCCAUCUGCGACCUGGCCAUGUACAACUAUGUGGAGAUGCGCGAUCUGACCAAGCGCUGGUCCUUCCGCUGUCGCAAGUGGCUGGACACGAUGCUAUUCCGGCUGUUCCCCAGACGCUGGGUGCCGCUCUAUAAUAGCGUCUCCUUUACCAGCAUGCCCUAUAGCCAGUGCAUAGCCAAUCGCCAGUGGCAGGACAAGCUGCUGGGCAGGGUGCUGGGCGCAACGCUUCUGAUGGGCUUGCUUGCUGGUGGCGCCAUCUGUGGGCGGCGUUUGCGCUGAGCGCAGUACGCAAUUUUGAUAUGUUGUGAAAUGCUAUGGACCCUUAACUCUUUUGUACGAAAUACAUUUACAACUGUUUUAUAUA